UCCCUCCCCCGGCGGAGUUGGAGCUGAUCGACUGCCUGCAAUCCAACAUGGAGUAGAGAUGGGGCUCUAGCGGGGCCACCCCUCGGUAACAGCGACGACGCGCUUUUUACGCACAAUUGGAACGGGAGUUGUCGGUCGAACCAUGCAGCUCGGGACUUAAAAAACAAAACAAAAAAAACACAAAGCGCGUGCCUUGUGUGUGCUGAGGGACAAGACGUGGAGAAGCGCAGAAGACACGGCUACCAAAUUGUCUUGUGUGUGUGUGUGCGCUACGUUACCAGCUGGAAGACGAUGGUCUGUUGAAGUUGGGAGCUCCAAAACGCGAUCGUGCGUCUCUGGGAAGUGUCGGAAGAGAAAACGCGAGGCACGGUCGAAGGCAACGCGUCCAUCAACCGACACUCAACACCACAAAGGCGCAGGGGGAUUUAUGCGGAAUUGGAGACAGAAUCGGAGAAGCAGCGGUGAAAGAAUGACGAGCGAAAAGUAUGCAACCGCCGUGGAGUAUUACCUUAGGUGAAGCGAGAAAAUGAUAGAAGAAACACACCCUAACGAUGACAGCUACAUCGUGCGUGUGAAAGCAGUGGUGAUGACUCGGGACGACUCGAGCGGGGGCUGGCUGGCCCAGGACGGGGGAGCGCUGAGCCGUGUGGGAGUGUGUCGCCUCCUUCCCCCAGAGCUCACACCGUCACCGGCCACAAGCACCCACAGCCGCUCUCAGUUCCUCAUCCACGGAGAACGGCUGCCGGACAAACAGGUGAUUCUGGAAUGUCCGCUGAGGAAGGACCUGGUGUACACCAUCGCUACACCGACGUUUCACCACUGGAAAGUGGAGGACCGAAGGUGUGGCCUGUCCUUCCAGAGUCCAGCUGAUGCCAGGGCUUUUGACAGAGGAGUCCGGAAAGCUAUUGAGGACCUGGCUGAAGGCUCAACAACUUCAUCUACAGCACUCCAAACAGAAGGCGAACUUGGGGAUGAUGAUGUCUUUACUAAUGCCACAGACAGCUCAUCCAACUCCUCCCAAAAGCUGGAGCUUUCCUUGCAGCCGCUCGAGUCCUCACCACUUCCUCACAGACACCGGUGUAUGCUGGGACAUCGUCAUGACUACCCUCGCCAUGACCUCCAUGACCCCUAUCGCCUCUCAGACCACUACUUCCUGGAACAACCGCUGUCUCGGAUCCCCCGGCGCGUCACCUUCCAAGAGGAUGAAGAAAUAGUUCGCAUUAACCCUCGGGAACGCACCUGGGAGCAAACAACAGAGCGAUUGCACAGUGGGCGGUCGGAGCGCUCCUGGCUCACUGGUUAUGAGGACUACCGCCAUGCCACAGUGCGGGACAAGUUUAUCCAAAUGGAAGACACAGAGUCCUAUGUGGACUUUGCCAAGACACAGAAAGACUACUACACUUAUCCCCUUGCACCAGCCCUGUCCCCCUCAGACUCUGACCCUGCCCUCGGACCCUUGCCUAAUAAGGGCCACAGUGGCUCUUGUCACCAUGGCUUCACACCUGUGGUCUCCACUCAGCCACGCCCGUACCUUCCAGGCUCCUCCCCCUCCACUAACGGUGGAAAGGGAAGGAAACCCGAUGGCAUGGACCGCGGCCAGUGUGAGCACUGUGGUGAGGCCUUUUACCUCUCUGAGAACCGCAGAGGCCGGUGCCAGGAUGCCCCAGACCCAGUGCGGGUGUGCAUCCGUCGGGUCAGCUGCAUGUGGCUGGCAGACACCAUGCUGUACCACUGCAUGUCUGAUCCGGAGGGGGACUACUCUGACCCCUGCUCCUGUGAUGGCAGCGAGGGCAGCGGUGGAGGGAGGGUGGGCACGCGUUGGCUAGCCCUGUUUGGUUUGUCUUUGGUGGCACCCUGCCUCUGCCUGUACCCCCCUCUCCACGCCUGCCACAGGGCGGGGCUAGCAUGUGGCUGCUGCGGAGGACGCCACAAGGCCAUGAGUUGAGCCACCGCACUUGGAAACCUUUUUAGAGGACAAACUACCCAACGCAAGCACAGGGAAAUGGAAGGAUGGGGAACAAAUGGGGACAAAAUUUUAUGGCUGCUCGCUCUUUUGCCUUGGUUCUCUGGGUUUCUUUACAUAUUCCAGACACUGAAAUAAGCCAAAAAAGCAGUUGGUGCAUUUUGUAAACAGCCUGGGAAGAUAAGCUCCCCCUAAUGGCAAACAGUUCUCUCAGCUCUCCACAUGGCCAUUUCAUGCUCUGUUUGUAGUGAGAGAGCUCUUUUUCAGGGGGCCUUUUUAUAGCAGACCUAUAUGUCAUGUAUAACAUAUGCAGGUACUUUAUACUUUGUACACUGACGUGGCGUCAAAGAACUUGAAUUCUUUCUCUUCGUUCUUUUUUGUUGUUUCUUUUAAUGUACAUGGCCAUUUUAUUUAUAUUCUAUUCCAAUACUAUGGCCCACCCAGCUAAACUCCAGUUUGAAGAAAAGUCUGACACUACACCUCUCUAAGUUUGUAUGCAGUUUUGUGUGUGUGUCAUCUGAGGAUCUGUGUGUGAAUGUAUACAACAUGUGCCGAGGCCUUUGUUGUCUGCUCUGCAUCUUAUGGUUAGCCCAUGUAUAUAGAUUGCAUUGCUCUCUGCCAACAACUUUGUUGGGUGAAAGACGUGUGGUACUCUGCUCAUCCUAAUCAUCUAAUAUCCCAAAGAGUAGUGUUUUUAAAUUAUUUAUUUUCUCAAAAAAAGAAAUAAAAUAAACUACCAGUGAAGUGAUUCUUGGUAGCAAUGACUAGAGACGGUGCUUCAAGUUGAACCUUUAGCAUCUGUUUCCCUUUCAUACUGUGCCUAGACAAAUUAUUACUCCAGUUUAAUUUAAAGUCUGGGCUUACUGUAGUGUACCUUGGUCAAUUCAGAUCCAUCCUAUACUCACAAAAACCUGGUCUAUGUCAAUGGGGAACAAUAAAUCGAUGUAUACUUUGAAAUUGGUGCCUGUUAUGCCUUAAUAGGAGAUGAGAUGCUCAAACUCAACCCCCCGAAACCCAGUCGAUGUCAGAGAAAAUGAGCAUGGUUUAGGCUCCAAGCAAUCAGCCUCAUUACACUGUCAAAAACAUGUGUAAACUAUUUUUAUACACAACACAUUUGAGUGUGAUAAAUAAGGACUCCAGUUGCCUGCGAUGUACAAUCACUUCCUUUGUUUAGGUCCCGCCCUUUAGUCGAGCCAACCAAUUACAAAUCAGUAUUCUGAAAAGAAAAUCUGCUGCCAACAACGUUUCAAACUGUCCCCGAAAACUGUGGUUACAACUAAAAUAUUUAUAUAAAGAGACCUCAGGUAUGAAACCCAAUUGCUAGUGAUUUUGCUGUCAUUGCUGUAUGAUCAACUAAAGCAGAAAUCUCUUUUUACAGUAGUUGUCAAUGUGGUGACUUGUAUUUUGUUUGCCAAAAUAUUUCAAUAUUUACAUCAUUAUGACUUGAUGUAAUAAAACAAAAAAAAAUCCUUAAAAAUAGGCAAAAUUUGUGUAGUAAGAAUCACAACAGCUACAUGAGCUAUUGAAAUUACAGGUACAUCUCAAUAAAUUAAAUUAAAUGUAUAUAAAUCCACAAUGAAAACAAAAAAACAAACUGUAUUUCAAGCGUCUGAUCGUGAUGGUUUACGGUUAAACAAUCCCACAUACAGUACAUAGUCGCGUUAUGUUUAUGUACUACAGGAUUCAUCAACUUUUUAUAAUCUAUAGUAACGAUUUAUUGAGAUGUGUCCGUACGUCCUCUUGCUCCAUCUGUGCAAAAAUCACCAACAUUACCCAUCAUGCAUUUUGUUAAACGUCAAUGUGAUGUGAACAUGUGAGAAAAAAACACUAAACUUUAAAUUCUUGACCAAACCUGUACAACGUUAUACUACGCUCGGUAACGAUACACAUAAAAACAUGCAAGACAUCAUUCACUACCAUCUUAGAUUACAGUGCCAAGGAUAUGUCACUGACUGUAGGUGAGUUUCCAAAUGCGUGAGGAUGUCCCUCUUCCUCUUCCUCUUCAGUCUGUUUCAUACAUCCUGCCCUGUGUAGUCCUUUAAAAACGUCCUUGCCAUGUGUCUGUCUGAGUAUCCCAAAUACAAUUCCCCGGGAAGAUCCUAAAUAAAUAUCACUUACUAACAGCUAUCUCGUAUAAUCGGAUCAUGUGGUUUCAGGUAGGGGCUCAUAAGACUAGAAAGAGAGUGUGUGUGUGUCUGCUGGCUUUAAAAUCUCCAUCUUGUCCGAUGUUUGGUGCGCGUUCCUCAUGUCAGAGCCAUUUACAAGUGCCUGAACGCAUCCUCUUUAUUUUCUUGUGUAUUUAAAGGAAAAUAAACUCCAUGUAAUUGAAUUAGACCCAUUUUUUACGCUUAGUAUUUUUACCUCUGUAAAAAAAGAGCAAAAUUAUAUUAUAUAUAUCAAGUGUAUGUUGUACAUUUUUAUUUCUAUUUUGUUUUUUAAAAUAACUUUCUAACAUGUACGAUGGAUGUAGCUCUUGCUUUUGAGAAGAAACAGGAAGUACUUUGUAGAUAUGGAGGAGUGGCCAGGUCUAUGAGAAAAACAGUGAAAAUGUGUGUCUUACUUUCCACCUCCAAUAAAGAGAGAAAACAGAAA